CUUUUUUCUUGCAGUAUCUUUCUGUGCCAAUAAAUGUAUGAACCGAAUACCUUGAGUGCUUCUCAGACUUUAACGUUCAUAUGAAUCCUGUGAUUCAGCAGAUGGAGGGGGCAGUGCUGAGACUUUGCAAGUCUAACCUGCUCCCAGCUGAUGCUGAGGCUGUGGCCACAGAUUGCACUUCUGUAGCAAAGGCUUUAACAACUGCAGAGUAUUCUAAGUGGUUUGCACCAUAAUUUACCAACAAAUUCCCCUGCUGCUCGACAUGUUAGAUGUUUCAGUAGAGUUUACACUUUACUCUUUGCUCUUAGAAUUGCUGUUAACAUUCAGUUUUAGUUUUAAUCUUAAAUAUCAUUGGGAAAGUACACUUGUGGGGAGGGGGAGUUUAUCUUGUUUGAUAACAGGCCAUAGGCGAGUCAUGCACAUUCCAUUCAAUGUGGGAUGUUUCUUAAGGGCCUGCUGUGUGCCAAGCCCUAUCCUAGGUGUUAGGGUUACAAAGAUGAGCAGAGCCCCGGCCCUGCAGCUCAGUCCUCCAGGUGCUUGCAGAAAGGUAGAGGAGACCCCAAACGUACACAGAACAUUUCAGUUCAUAAACAGAGAUGGGGAAGUGCCCAGGGACAGUUAUGGUGUUGAAAAUGAUCUUCACAGAGAAGGAGAAGGGUUUAAGGAUGAAAGGAGACACUUCACCAGGCAGAUCGUUGGUGGGGGGGAUUCCCACCAGGAUUCCAGACGGAGCGUGCAUCUGUACAAAGGCACGGAGGCAACAGUGUGGCACAUCCAGCCUUCUAACAGUACUUCUUUGUGGCUAGAGUGUAACAGACAAGUUUGUCACCUGACGUCACAGCACCUGAGAUGAGCUGGGAGCCAGUAAGCAGGUACACGGAAAGAUGGCUUUGAAGGGACAAAACUGAGACAGGGGAGUCUGGCAAUGCCAAGCCAGUAUAACCGUGUGAAGCUGCAAAGCGAUUGCUCGCGGCCCUCCCUGCAAUGGUACACCCGUGCUCAGAACAAGAUGAGAAGACCCAGCUUGUUGUUAAAAGACAUCCUCAAGUGUACAUUGCUUGUGUUCGGAGUGUGGAUCCUUUAUAUCCUCAAGUUAAAUUAUACUACUGAAGAAUGUGACAUGAAAAAAGUGCAUUAUGUGGACCCCAACCGCAUAAAGAGAGCCCAGCAAUAUGCCCAGGAAGUCCUGCAGAAGGAAUGCCGGCCCCAGUUCGCCAAGAGGUCGAUGGUGCAGCUCUUCAGGCACAGGUACACCUCGGACCUGCCACCUUUCGUGACGAAGGCCCCCGCAGGGAGCGAGGCCGAGUACAAGUACGACCCUCCUUUCGGAUUCCGCAAGUUCUCCGAGAAAGUCCAGAGCCUCUUGGAACUCUUGCCCGAGCAUGACUUUCCUGCACACUUGAAAGCCAAGAGCUGCAGGCGUUGUGUGGUCAUUGGAAGUGGUGGAAUCCUCCACGGGCUAGAGCUGGGCCGGGCCCUGAACCAGUUCGAUGUUGUGAUAAGGUUAAACAGUGCACCGGUUGAAGGAUAUUCAGAGCAUGUUGGAAAUAAAACUACUAUAAGGAUGACUUAUCCGGAGGGUGCACCACUGUCUGACCUCGAAUAUUAUUCCAAUGACUUGUUUGUUGCUGUUUUAUUUAAGAGUGUUGACUUCAACUGGCUUCAGGCGAUGGUCAAAAAUGAAACCCUGCCGUUUUGGGUGCGACUCUUCUUUUGGAAGCAGGUGGCGGAAAAAAUCCCACUCCAGCCAAAACAGUUCAGGAUUUUGAAUCCGGUUAUUAUCAAAGAGACUGCCUUUGACAUCCUUCGAUACUCAGAGCCUCAGUCAAGGUUCUGGGGCCGAGAUAAGAACGUCCCCACGAUUGGUGUCAUUGCCGUUGUCUUAGCCACGCAUCUGUGCGAUGAAGUCAGUUUGGCAGGCUUUGGCUAUGACCUCAGCCAACCCAGAACACCUUUGCACUACUUUGACAAUCUCUGUAUGGCUGCCAUGAACUUUCAGACCAUGCACAAUGUGACCACAGAGACCGGGUUCCUCCUGAAGCUGGUCAGAGAGGGCGUGGUGAGGGAUCUCAGCGGAGGCAUCCAUUGUGAAUUUUGAACCCAGAAAACCUCACUUGAAAAUGCAGUUCUGACCAGGAGGGCUGUUUUUCACAGCCUUCUUGACGCGUCCUGCAAGAACUUUGAAGUGCAGCUGGUGUUUUUUAACUUUUAAUUUAAAAAACAAAAACAAUACAAAAAGUUCUGCUCUUCCCACUUUUUUUCCCUAUUUAUUUGAAGCCAGUGUUUUUGCACAAAAUUUUGUAAGUUAAUUUUGAGAAUGGGAAAGACUUUCCAAAGAGAAUUGUAUGUAAUGAUGUUUUAUUGUAUUCUAAGAAAGUUAUUUAAUUUGUAAAAACUCUGUUCAUGUCUACUGCACAUAGAAUCCCAGGUCAUUAUGUGGAAGAAGGGAGGUGACUCCUUUGAUGACAGCCCUGAAUGCCUGACUCUGGUUCUCUGUUAGUCUGUUUGGUGGGACAGAUGUCGGAAGCACUUCCAGGGUGAUGUGCUGGGUAGCUAAACCACUGGGACUGGUUGGGCCAUGCUGCUGCAUGAGGCCUGGGCCGGUCGGAGAAGUUCACCGUCCCUCUCUGUUGAUCUGCCUUCUGCAGGAAGACUUGUAGGAAUCAAGCAGGGGAGCUGUCCUGCAGGUCCCAGGUCAAGGAGGGACACAGACAUUUUCUGUGUCCUCCGAGUACUGCAACACUGCCCCAGGCGGACAACUCUUGGAUUUCUUGAGAGUUUUUAACUGCCUUCCAAACACUUAAAUGUUAAUCCAGAUUAUUCCACUGUCUGUCUGAGGUGGCUUAUAAAAAUUAGGACAAAGCCUCUGUUCUCCAGAGUCGUAGAGGAAUAAACUCUUUCCAGGAAUAAUCAUGUUUUCUGAAACACUGAAAUGAAGUCUUCCCAGUGUUAUAAAUUGCCUGUUUAAGAAAAAACGUUGUUUUUUUUUUUUUUUUUGAAUGCCUCCUUGGCAGUGUGUACCCGGCAGUGUGCUGGUCAAAAAAAAAAAAAAGAAUAAAAGCUUUUGAGGAA